AUUAAAUCAUGGCUCAAUUUAUAUAGUGAAAUAUCGAUAAGCUAUUUGGUGGGUUAGAAAUGAUUUCAGAGGAAUCAUUCAUCAGCUUUCACCAGAAAUAAGGGUGAUCGACAACAGGAGAGAUGAUCGAGAGAUUCUGCAUGCAUGAUAAUGAAUAUAUCAUCGCUCAAAUCAUAUAUGGAUUAAUAUAGUUUUUUGGACUAAAUUAAACAAAGAAAAUGGAAAAAUCGAGCGGGUCGCCGGCGCCGCUGCCGAGGCGCAACAGUAUGAGCAUGCCGCCGUCGCAGAAGCGCAGUGCUCCCCCCGCCAUGAAGAGGUCGUCGUCGGGGCCUCCUUCCGAGAGCGGCUCCGCCGCCGCAAGUUCCACAAAUGCGAAACCCUCCUCCCCAAAUUCCAGGUCUAUUGUUUGGGAGAGGACGGUGAAGAAACUAAGGUUAAAUAAGGCACUUACAAUUCCGGAAGCAACCACUGUUUCGGAGGCAUGCAGGAGGAUGGCAUCAAGGCGGGUUGAUGCUGUUCUGCUGACUGAUUCUAAUGUCUUGCUCUCAGGAAUUGUCACUGAUAAGGACAUAACAACCAGAGUUAUAGCUGAGGACCUGAAGCCAGAGAAUACAAUAAUUUCAAAAGUUAUGACAAGAAAUCCAAUUUUUGUGAACUCGGAUUCAUUGGCUAUUGAAGCUUUACAGAAGAUGGUCCAAGGGAAAUUUCGGCACCUCCCUGUUGUUGAGAAUGGCGAAGUCAUUGCACUGUUAGAUAUCACAAAAUGCCUUUAUGAUGCUAUAUCAAGAAUGGAGAAGGCUGCAGAGCAGGGAAGUGCUAUUGCUGCAGCAGUUGAAGGUGUUGAACGUCAAUUUGGAAGCAAUCUCUCAGCAUCAUUGACUUUUAUAGAAACACUCAGGGAACGUGUGUUCAAGCCUUCUCUCUCCACCAUCAUAUCUGAAAAUUCUAGGGUUGCCAUUGUUGCACCUUCAGAUCCUGUUCAAACUGCUGCUAAAAAGAUGCGCGAACUAAAGGUCAAUUCAGUUCUUGUUAUGACAGGGAACAGCGUCCAGGGCAUACUCACUUCUAGAGAUAUACUCUUCCGAGUUGUGGCCCAAAACCUCUCUCCAGAUCUGACUCUAAUGGAAAAGGUAAUGACGCCGAACCCAGAAUGUGCAACCUUAGAGACAACUAUUCUCGAUGCAUUGCAUAUAAUGCACGAUAGGAAGUUUUUACAUAUUCCGGUUCUUGAUAAAGAUGGAUGUGUUGCUGCAUGUUUAGAUGUUCUGCAGAUAAGUCAUGCGGCAAUCUCCAUGGUUGAGACCAGCUCUGGCUCUGUAAAUGAUACUGCAAAUACAGUGAUGCAGAAUUUCUGGGAUUCAGCUCUUAACAUGGAUCAUCCUGAUGACUAUGAUACUACUAGUGAGUUGUCUAUAUCUCAAUAUGUGGCAUCGGAGGCUACAGAGCAUCAGAAGCCCCCAUACCCAUCGGUUGGUCCUGGGAAUUCAUUUUGUUUCAAAUUUAUGGACCUUGAAGGCCAUGUCCACCGAUUUAAUUGUGGCACGGAGCAUCUAGCUGAACUCGUUUCGGCUGUUCUGCAACGGGCGGGAGCAUCCAAUCAUCACACUCGCCCUCGAAUUUUGUAUGAAGAUGAUGAGGGUGAUAAAGUUCUGCUCACAACAGAUGGGGAUCUUGCCAAUGCUUUAACCUGUGCACGAUCAGCUGGUCUAAAGGUGAUGAGGUUACACUUGGACUACGGUCGCGAGAGAGUCGAAACGAGGAAGGUGUCAAGUGAGAGUGUGAGUCCAGUAGAAGGUAGAUGGACUCCUCUCCACUACGGAAUCAUCGUUGCCCUGGCUAGCAUUGGUGUUUUGGUUUGCUUAAAGCGCUCUAGAUCAUGAUACACGACCAGGUAUGUAGCACUUGUUAUUGUUUCCUUCAAAGUUGCAUCGGAUUCUGCAAAUUCUCAUGCAAUGAAAUCCUGCCAUGUUAUGAGAAGUGAUCAAACUGCGACGACAGAUAGGUUGAAGGAAUAACACAAGAGCUGAAGCUUAACGAUUGUUUUUCUUAGGUGUAAACGCAUGUUGAUGUUGCGAUUGCACGAGUUGUUGUUAGUCCACACAUUCUGGGCUCCUAUUCUUGGCUACAAAUAUUGGAAUUUGUGGAUUAUAUUCAUUGGUUUCUUAACAUUUGACAUUACAUGAGUAAAAGGAUUGUUGUAUCAUUGACUGUCUCUUCACUUUUAUUUGCACAUAAUAUGUCGACUUUGAUAUU